UCCGUUGCUGAUGCUGGGCAGAUUGCGUUUAUCUCCGCAUCUCUGCUCCGCUACCCUUAAUGCUGCCACUGGAUGGCUGCGCGACGCAGUUCGACGUGAGAUUAUUUAUUGAGGACUUCAUCUGAUUUAGAAAGCAAGAAAACAAAUAAAGCCAACAAUGACAGACAGUACGACUUCAGAUCCGUGUUCUGUUCCCAAUCCUACUAUUGUGGACCCUUCGGCUGUGCGAAACGGACAAUGCGCUGCUGCCCAGGAUCCAAACCUACCCAAAAGAGGGAGCCAGGGCGAUCCUUUUAAUGUGGACCAGGACCAGGAGAUGAAAAUCACAGAUAGCGUUGAGGGCCAAGGUCUGUUGGAAAGCAGCAUGCGCCUGAAGCCUCAUGAGGCUCAGAGUUACAGGAAGAAAGCUCUGUGGGUGUCCUGGAUAUCCAUUGUGGUGACGCUCAUCCUUGCAGUGGCAGGUUUCACUGUAUCCUUCAUGAGACACAGUGCUUCAGCGUUUGGAUUCGCAUUUGAUGCGACGUUAGAUGUGCUUUCCUCCAUUAUAGUGCUGUGGCGCUACAGCAACGCUGCAGCAGUGCACUCGGCCCAUAGAGAAUACAUAGCAUGUGUGAUACUGGGGGUGAUCUUCAUCUUAUCGUCUCUGUGUAUUUUGGGGAAGGCCAUCCAUGAUCUGGCCACCAAACUUCUGCCUGAAGUGGAUGACUUUCUGUUCAGCGUUUCUAUCGUCAGUGGCCUCAUGUGUGUCAUUCUUGCUGUUGCCAAGUUCAUGCUGGGAAGGGUUUUGACCAGCAGAGCCCUAAUCACUGACGGUUUUAACUCUAUGGUUGGAGGCAUCAUGGGCUUUUCCAUCCUCAUCAGUGCUGAGGUGUUCAGACAUUAUCCCAGCGUCUGGUACCUGGACGGAACCAUCGGGAUCCUGAUUGGACUCAUCAUUCAAGCUUAUGGGGUCAAGCUGUUGGUUGACAUGAUACCACGAGUAAGACAAACUCGAAACUAUGAGCGCUUUGAGUAACGCUGGCUCAGUGGAAAAGAAAGGCAUCGUGUGGAUCCAUGUCUCUAUCUUCACUCCUGCUGCUCUCUCAACACACACGAUACCCAAACACAUCCAGGAAUAACAUGUGCUGGCAGCCAAAUCAGCAUCAUAUACAUCCAGACCAGCCCCUCACAUCCUCCUUCUCACGUCCUCACUCAGCACAACUCUUAAGAGAGAAUGGAGGAGAAAAACAAGCACCAAGCAGUUCAACAAAUUGGAGUCACUAGUUGUAGAGGGUGAUCCCUUUUGUUUUUAAAGUAUGGUGGAAAAACAGUCAUGUAUACAUUCUAUCGCAUCCUCCCACCUGUUGUCUCCCCAAAUUUGACGGCAAGGUAUGUUUAUUUGUGCAAUAUUGUGAAUAUAACCUCUCAGAAAGACCAGCAGUGUUUUAAGAUUGGAGGCAAUAUAUAUUUCGUUGAGAAAAGCACACGGAAAUGUCCUGGUAGGCACAAUUAAACUAGUUUUAAAGCACAGUUCAGGGUCAGCAAGAUAGUUAUAAAUAUUGAUUGAUUUAAAAAAAUAACAAAAAAAUAAACAUUUUAACAGGAGCUAAAUCUGCCUCACACUUACAAUUUAAAAUAACACCUCAUGAGAUAAUAGUCAAUUCGACUAACCAGCUCAAACUCCCUUAAAAUGAGAAAUCUAUAGGUUUUAAAGCUGAUUGCUCAUUCUUUUAUAGAACCACAAACAAACAAACCAAAUUACAGAUUUUCAACAGAAGUUAUAUUGCAUUGCUACUUCUUGUUUAAACUUUGUAUUUUGCAAUCUAAUGCAAAAUAUGUUCGUCAAUAUAUUUUGCAGCUCUGUAUUUGUCUUAUUUUAAAUCGUCAAUUAAUCCGAUGGUUACUGUGCAAAGUUUAACAAGUGGUUCCUUGCUUUGUAUUGCUAUUAUAUUUGUUUGCCUCUUGCAGUUGAAUUUAUUUCUUUGUGCCAAACGAGAGUGAUAUUAGAGAAGCCCGAAGAGACGUCUGAAGUAGAAUUGAUUGAUUUAGGCUCCAGCGGACAGAAUGACUGAUUGGAGUGUUGUGGUGGGUUUUUGAUAGAGGUCAAUCUUAUUCCACAGUCGAGAGCAAAAUAUGGAAAAUCAAAGCACAUUUUAGUUUCUUACUGCAUUUUUUAAACAAUUCUAAUGUAUUAUAUAAUGUCUUUUUCACCUUUUGCUUGUUUUUUUUUCCCUAUAGAGACAGAAGCAUGAAUUGUAGGUCAUUUGUGACUAUAAAUCAGGAGUGCCCAAACUCCUGGACGGCCGGUGUGCUGCAUAUUUUAGUUCCAACCCCAAUUAAACAUACCUGAACCAGCUAAUCAAGCUCUUUUUUUAGGUAUACUAAAACUUCCAGGCAAGUGUGUUGAAGGAAGUUGGAGCUAAACUAUGCAAGACACUGGCCCUCCAGGACAGAGUUUGGACACCCAGGCUAAAAAUCCACACUAUUGUUUGAAGGUUUGGGGUCAGACUUUUUUUUCAUCAUUAAAAAGAUCAAAAGUGAUGCUAAAUGCAUGUAACAUUACUAAAGAGUUGUAUUGUAAAUAGAUACGGUUCAUUUAAACGUUCUGUUCAUCAAAUAAUAAUGGAAAAAAUGAAAAAAAAAAUUCAAUGGGUAAUUGAGCAGGAAACGUGCAUAUUAGAAUGAUUUCUGAAGAAAUCAUCGUGUGAUUCUUGAAUGCAUCUGAAAAUUCAGCUUGCCCAUCAUGGGCAAAACCAAUAUUAAAAUAGAAAAAUACUUAUUUAAUAUUUAAAUAAUACAAUUUUCCACUAUCACUUUUUUAUAACGCUAGUGCUCAUAAAAUACUUCUUUUUUUUUCAAAAUUGUACUGACUCCAAACUUUUGUGACAUUAGUGAAUUUUAAAUGUUUUUAUUUUUUAACAAUUACCAAAUAUAAAAUUAACAAGUUAUUAAUUGACAUAUUUUGCAUAAUUCACUUCCCAAGCACAGAAAUAUGUACUUUAAAUAUAAUACUCUGAAAUAAUCUUAGUUAUAGCAUACACUUUACCACUGCCCACUCUUAGGACAUUCACUCUCAUUCCUGUUCCAGAUAAACUAAGUUUGAUGUGUUUAAACAAAUGAGCCCAAUGGCAGAUAUUUUUACUGAUUUCUGAAUAAUCUUUUACAUAAUCAAUUUACAGCAUCAGCAUAUUUUUUUUUUAUAUUUUGCUUUUUUGUCCCGUAUAAUUGGGACGUAAAUAAACCUGAAUGUAAACAGCUCAACUGCUGAUGUUUCUCACAGACAAUCACGAGUCCACCAAGAGCUGCAGCACAGACUCCCAAAGCCUUUUGCCUACUGCUCAAUGUGAUCUCAUCUGAAGAGGGAAACUUAAAAGCAGAUUACUUCAUAUGUGUGUUCUUUUUAUCAUCAUAUUAAUGUUGUUUCUAUUUAUUACUGGUUUUUACUUAAGUGAUGCAUUUGCUGUGUUUGUAGUUUUCAUUCAUGUGACUGGAAGGCAAAACAUUCAUAAUCUACAGCCGUGUCAAUUUUUGAAAACUUCUCAAAGAAAAACAACUAAAUGUAAAUAGAUAGCAACUUUUGGACACUUAAUCCACAUACAGCACAUGCUGAGUAUAUUAAUCUCCAAAAAAAUGUUGUUUAGUGUAAUAAGACCACAACAAUACGUUCAGGUCCCAGCAGGCACACUAUAAUGUCAAAAUGACAUCAAACUGACACAAUUAGAUGUCAAAAACUCCACACGGUGAUGCCAUAUUGACCACCAAAAUAAUGAAAUAACAUAUGAAGAGUUUAGAUGCAAAAACCUAGAAGUGCCAUCUGAAAUUUUCCUCUAAAAUUUGUGUUUUUCUUAGCCUCCAUAUGUUUAUGUUCAGGUAUUUCACUUUCAAGAGUUCACACUUAUAUACUGCUCGACUUUAAUAGCAGGCUUGCCAUGCUGUCCCGGGAGAGAAUACCGGGAGGGAUACGAGAUCAGGUAUUUCUGGAGAGCCCCCUGUUUUAUACUUUAGCUAAUAUGGUGGUUGUGAUUGAUUCAGUAUGUAUGCGUUAAGUGCUUGUGACUGUUAAUACAAUUCGUACAUGUUUUUAGACUGUGGGAGAA